AUGAUACCAUCAGCUCUGAUGAUGUCUGUCAUACGACGAACGCAAUCUUUGCAUGUUUUUAAUGGAAUCAAAGCAGAUCGCUUCGGAAACAGCAUCAACAAGAAUGUUCCCUUCUGGGAGUCGUCAACUCUGGGAUUCUGGUUCACCGAGUUGAUAGAACGUACCAGCCAGUUCACCAACUGGCUCGAAUCGGGUCGGCCAGUCUGCUUUUGGAUGACCGGAUUUUUCAAUCCUCAAGGCUUUCUAACUGCCAUGCGUCAGGAGGUGACUCGACAACAUGAGGGCUGGUCCCUUGACAACGUCAUACUCUGUUCUCGUAUGACACGUUCGAAUGCCGACGAAUUGCGUGAGCCGCCCAGUGAGGGUGGAGUCUACGUGUACGGUCUGUUUCUAGAGGGCGCUGCUUGGGAUCGACGCAGCAAUCGGUUGAUUGAGCCCAAGCCGAAGAUGCUCUACGACACGAUGCCAGUGAUCAACAUAUCGGCCACUCAAGAUGUCUCCGGCCAGUCCGGUUCAUCUGGCGGAGGUGGCGGCGGCGGUGGUGGUGGUGGUGGUGGUGGUGGUGGAGCCACAGCUGGCUCCGCUGGUGGCGGUGGUACCGCAAGUUCCGGCGGUCGAGGCGGACGUCCGGCAGGUGGACAGGUGAAACGAGCCGGUCCGACGGCGUCGGGUGCAUCAGGCGGCCAGUCGGGCAGAUCGCAGAGAAACUCUGAAGGGAAGUCAGGAUUGGCCGGUGGAGUUGCUGGGGCCUCGGGUGGAACCGGCGGUUCUGGAGGUGGCAGCGGCACCGGAGCCGCCGGGGGCGUGGGAGGCGGUUCUGAGACGGGGCCUACAGCUGCCGCCGGCGGUGAGGCUGGUGGGGGAACUGGGGCAAAAGCGAACCGGCGAACUGGGGGGCCGACUGAGGCUGUGAAACAGAGCGAGUCGACACCGAGAAACACUUAUUCUUGCCCGAUCUACCGGAAGCCAAAGCGCACCGACUUGAUGUACGUGGCUAGCGUGGACCUGGGCUGCUCAAAGACACCAGACCAUUGGACACUGAGAGGCGUAGCGCUGCUCUGUGACAUAAAAUAA